AAAAGAGUCUCGCCGGCGUCCCCGCCCGCACACUCGCGCACACUCGCGCUCGGGCGCCCUAGGAAGAGGCACCGGCACCCGGAGCGAGCCAGAGAGCGGCGAGCUGGGGAUUCACCCGGCUGAGCCAGCCGAGGAGCCGGCGAGCCGGGCCCGCGACGACCUCACGCCCCCGAGCCCCGCAGCCGCCCCCAGCUGGCCGGUAUCCCCGCCGCUCUCCCUGACCCAUGGCGCUGAAGCGGAUUCAGAAAGAAUUGAGUGAUCUACAGCGCGACCCACCUGCUCACUGUUCGGCUGGACCUGUGGGAGAUGAUUUGUUCCACUGGCAAGCAACUAUUAUGGGGCCUCCUGAUAGCGCAUAUCAAGGUGGAGUCUUCUUUCUCACUGUACAUUUUCCGACAGACUAUCCUUUUAAACCACCAAAGAUUGCUUUCACAACAAAAAUUUACCAUCCAAACAUAAACAGUAAUGGAAGUAUUUGUCUUGAUAUCCUGAGGUCACAAUGGUCACCAGCUCUGACUGUAUCAAAAGUUUUAUUGUCCAUAUGUUCUCUGCUUUGUGACCCUAAUCCAGAUGACCCCUUAGUACCAGAUAUUGCACAAAUCUAUAAAUCAGACAAAGAAAAAUACAACAGACACGCAAGAGAAUGGACUCAGAAAUAUGCAAUGUAAAAUCAAAAAAAUUUUCAUAUAUACCAGAGUACUGUAAAAUCUAGGUUUUUUCAACAUUAGCAGUAAAUCGAGCACCGUUUACUGUUUCAUUGUACCAUGAAAUCCUUUGAUUUUUACCCAUUUUAAAUGUAUUUCUGAAGCAAGACAAAACAAACUUCCAAAAAUAUUCUUGAGACUGUGAUGAGAGCAUUUAUCAUUUUGUAUGCAUUGAGAAAGACAUUUAUUAUGGUUUUUAAGAUACUUGGACAUCUGCAUCUUCAGCUUACAAGAUCUACAGUGCAUCUGAAAAGCAACCAAAUUAUUUUUUGCUGAAACUAGAUGUUUUUACAUGAAAAAUACUGUAUGUGUUGUCUAAGAUGUCGUCAGUUAUAUAAAUCUGUAUUCAGAUUUCAUUCUUUGUUAGCUCACUUUAUAAUUUGUAUUUUUUUACUGUAUAGACUAAAUAUAUUCUAUUUACAUGUAUGUCAACUCGUUACUUUUUUCCUGUGAACAGUAUUGAAAAAACCCAACAGCUGAUAAUGAAAUGAAUUAACUGUCCGUCUCCCUUGUCUUAGGGUAUUCUGUAGAUUGAUUGCAGAUUCCUUAAACCUGAAAUGAUCUUUACACUGUAAUUCUCAGUAUACUGAUUAUGGAGAAACACUUGUUUUGAUUUUGUUAUACUUGACUUAACUUUAUUACAAUGUGAAUUAAUUGCACUGCUAAGUAGGAAGACGUGUAACUUUUAUUUGUUGCUAUUCACAUCUGAAUUUUUUUCUGUAUAGGCAAUAUUAUAUUGACACCUUUUACAGAUCUUAAUGUAGCUUUUUCCAUUUAAAUAAAA